GAUAGUCGCACGGGUCCAAAGGACAGUGAGCGUGUUCGCGGGUCUAGACCGACGUUCAGGCUGGUGUUUGUUUAGCCUUUCAGUAUAAGCUCAACACUGGCGUUAAGCUGGGAGAAGGGAGAGCGAAGUCUGUGAACAUUAAAUUAAAAUGCUUGGCAAAUGAGGAGAGGGAGGAGAGGUACACUGAAAAGACAGAGGGCAGGACUGGCAGGGCGCGGUCUCCACGCAUCUGAUCUUUCGGAUCUCUUCAAUUUCCAGUUGAGCUGAGAGUCUCGCGCUACAGGGGACACAUUAAGAGCCAAGUGUAGUUGCAGAAAAACGCGGUGGGGACACCCUUUGACCGCUACGCCUACCCAAAAUCCCAGUCAGUCUGAGCACCGGGGCCGUUUUUCACAGCUGGAACAGCUUUGAACCUGUCUGCCAAGAUAAACGGAUCUUUCCCUAUUUAUGCGCUUGUCUCCGCUUGGACUGUGAGAUGAGAGCUUCGCGGUGAAAGAAGCAGCUCAAAGCACCAGCACUUCAUUAUAGGGGGAUCUUAUCCGAGGUUCCAAAAGACGCCGGCGCUAUACGACGUCUCCAGUAGCGCAUUGUCUGCGCGCCGGGAUAUGGCGAAUUUUGUGGACUCGGUGAUUAAUUCGUAACUGUCCAGUCCUCCUCCCCCUCGAGUACCCCGCGUGGGGAGAUAAGCAGCGACCAGGGGGAGGAGGUGUUUUGAAUCUAUCAGUGACAUUUUUCUGUCACCUCCAGCCGGGGUGUCCGCCGGCGUGGUGGAAUGCUGCUCCCCUGGCUCGUGACGUGCCUCGUCGGUUGCGCAGUGAUUCUCUCGCCGGUCAGCGAGGGCUGCGGGCCGGGACGGGGAUAUGGGAAGAGGCGGUCAUCGAGAAAGCUUGCGCCUCUUGCCUACAAGCAGUUUAGUCCCAAUGUAGCCGAGAAGACACUAGGCGCGAGCGGUCGAUAUGAAGGGAAAAUUACCCGGAACUCCGAGCGCUUCAAAGAGCUCACUCCGAACUACAACCCUGACAUCAUAUUCAAAGAUGAAGAGAACACAGGGGCAGACCGGAUGAUGACACAGCGCUGCAAGGACAAGCUAAACUCACUAGCCAUCUCUGUAAUGAACCUAUGGCCGGGGGUGCGCCUGCGGGUCACCGAGGGCUGGGACGAGGACGGACACCAUUCGGAGGAGUCGCUGCACUACGAGGGACGGGCGGUCGACAUCACAACCUCUGACCGCGACCGCAACAAGUACGCAAUGUUGGCUAGACUCGCGGUGGAGGCUGGCUUCGAUUGGGUCUACUACGAGUCCAAGGCCCACGUGCACUGCAGCGUCAAGUCAGAGCACUCUGUUGCGGCUAAGUCAGGGGGGUGUUUUCCGGGAGGGGCGUGGGUGACCCUAGAAGACGGGAGUAAAAGGUUGAUCCGGGACGUGCGGCCGGGUGAGCGAGUUCUUGCCUCGUCGGCAAGCGACGGCAGUGGAGCGCUAGUUUACAGUGAGGUUCUCACCUUCCUUGAUCGUGACCCCGCGACGCGGAAGCAGUUCUAUUCCAUCAGGACAGAAAGCGGGGCUACCCUGCCACUCACCGCCGCUCACCUGCUGUUUGUAUCUGAGGGAAACUGCUCGGAAGGGGCGGAGCCGACUCCUGGUAGUAUGAGGACGAUAUACGCCAGCGACGCGAGGCUGGGACAGUGCGUGCUGACGACAGUGGCCAGUGAGGGGGUCAGACAGGGUGAGGAGUCGAUGAAAGGCGCGGGGCGUUUCUCACGCAUCUCCCGGGUGAGUGUGCAUGAGGACGUAGGAGUGUAUGCCCCCCUCACCCGCCACGGGACGUUGGCGGUGAACGGUGUGGUGGCGUCGUGCUAUGCGGUGGUGGACGGGCACGGCCUGGCUCACUGGGCCUUCGCCCCCUUGCGCCUGCUGUACCAUUGGACUGGCUUUGCUGGAAGCCAUUUUGGAGACACUGGGGUUCACUGGUACUCCCAGUUGCUGUACUGGAUAGGCAGUCUACUGCUGGACUCUGAACACUUCCACCCCUGGGGACUGACUGAUCCAGGGAGGUGAGAAUUAAGAGGGAGAAGAAUGCCAGGAGACACUGGAGAGAAAGUACUUGUUUGGGAGUUGUACAGACCAGGUAAACUACUGGACUGGUUACCCAUUGAACCUUACUUUAACCUUGGACUUGAGUCUAGCACACUGAGGAAAGGGGAGGAGUCUCAUAAAAAGGGGUUGGGCCCAGUAGCUGACCAUUCACCUUUCUAUGGAGUUCAAGUCAAGAAACAAUAGACAUGAACAGAUCUGUAACAUGUUCAGAUAGACAACGCUAUGUGCUUUCUUUUCCACAAUAGUAAAACAUUGUGCCCACACUGAACGUAAACCAAAGGCAAUGUCCACAGGUGGACCUUGUUAUGUCUAUUAGAAUAACCAUGAACCCUGAAGGAGAACAUUUGUUUUAUUUAAUAUUUGGCAGUGUCUCAUUGAAAUCAAGCUACCAUUAUGAAGAAAAGCAUUUUCUUUUGUGAUCUUGUUGAUUGCUUCAUAGUACGAUUUCCAUAACAUGGCCAUGCCACAACUUAGCAAUUGAACAAAAGUGUAGGCUACAUGAAUAGAGCAUAUCUAUGAUAUUUUUAGAAAACGUUUACUGUAUUUUAUUAAAGAGAGAUGUCAAAAAUGUUUAUGAUUUUAAUAUUAUGUAUAAUGAGAUAUUUAAAGAUUUAUUUUUGGAAAUUAAAUAUUAUGGAAAUGCUUGUGGUUGUUGUUAACAGGUCCUCAUCUGACUCUUUUUGGAAUGUAGAAAAAAAGUUUUUCCAUUUGACAUUCCUUAUUGUUUUUACCCUGUUUUUCUACCCAGUUUUGUGAUUUAGCCCCAGCUUCAUCGAAAGUAACUUGUAGCAGACCCUGGACAGUUGAUGUAGAGAUAUGUGUCCUCUGAAUCACAUAUGAAGCCCUUCCAGGUUUUUUGAAAUUCCACUGAGCUGCUCGCUCAAUUAUAUUGAAAUCACUACUCGCCGGAGGGAAUGCACUCCCUGGCGUUCAGACAACCUUUCCACCACAAGGAGAGGAGACAAGGAAACCAUUUCAAAUUAUUAAACCCCCAAAAAACAUGGACAGGGCUGGCCAAUUGCAACCGCCUCAGUGGGACACCAUGGGGGAUGAAACCUUUCCACCCACUAAAACAGUGAUCCACAAACCAGGGGGAACAUGGACAAACUAAUGAGACCAUAUGCUUACUGAUAAUGAGGGUCUACUUCAGGGGUAGCCCACCCUGGGCAGAAUUAAACUCCAUGGUCGAAUUGGUUCAGUUCCUAAAACAGGUUGGGGACCACUGCUUUAAAGUAUUGCAUUGUUUAUCAUUGACUUUUGACACAUAUCAAGCCAUGAAAACGUAUGAAGCAUUUAUAAUGGCCUUUAAUGCUGAUUUGUGUUCAAUCUUUGCCCAUGCCUUCCUCAUGCUGCUUUCUUUUACUGCCAUCUACUGACGAAAAAAUGAAACAGCACGGAUUAUGUGUAAUAAUAGAGUACUCCACUUGAUUAACCGAGGUCCAUUUAACCACACUGAACAGGUGUUACCAUUUAAACCAAG